UUGGCUUUGUGCAAAAACUUUUCAAUUUAAUGUAAUCAAAAUUAUCCAUCAAAUAAGGUUUUCUUGUAUUUGAAAAAGUAAAAACUUUAGGUUGUAAGCCAUUCAAAAACAGGCUGCAGGCCAGCUUUGGUUCUCAGGCCAUAGUCCGUAAACCCUUGGAUUUGAUAAAGCAUUCACUAAGUGAUAUUACUAUGCUCAAACACUGUGCUAAGUACUGGGAAUACAAAUAUAAGCAAAAAGACAGUCCCUGCCCUCAGGGAACUUACAUUUUAAUGGGGAAGACAACACAUAAAAGGCGGAUGGGCAAGGAGUCAAGCUGGAAAGGUAAUCUGGAGAGUUGGGGGCUUCUGACCUGAGCCAGGUUAGGAGUGAACCUAGUUGGUGUGGGUACUUUCUCAAACGGAUGUUUUGGGGAGGAACUCUUCAAAACUGGAACAGGCGGAUAAAGACGUGGAGGCACUGCCCGCGUGAGAAGGCCGUGGGGAUGGAGAUGGCACGAGGUCUCAGGCAUCACGGGCUGAGCUGGUAGGAAGAUUGGGACCCAGCCAAACGGGAGCGCCAGACGGAUGUUCCUUGUAGAAAUUCAUUUUCUCCAUGCAUUUCAUAAAAAAAACCCUUCCUUUGAAAAGUCACCCAAGUCGUGCAGAUAAAACACGCCCUUGCAAUUGUAUGCCAACGUCCUGCCCAGACUGCUGCAGACAGGCCUCCUCGUGGGAGCCCCCAGGGACCCACUCCUGCCUCGUGCUGCUGGGUGCGAAGCAGCAGCGGUCCGUGGACUUUCUCCACGGACAAAACUCAUUGUUCCCCUCCCUCCCCCACGAUGCUGUAAGGAGGGGGAGGGUCUCAAGCUCUCGAACCUGGGACUCCAGCAUGUGGGCUGCAGGGUCCCUGGAUGGGGGGCGGGGUCUCGACUUGGGUUUGGUGGGAUUCGUGCUGUGCAGGAAGCCAGUCAAACGGAGCUUCGUGCCUCUCUUCUGCUCAGGGCCGAGGCACUACGGGGGGAUCACAGGCGUCCCUGAGUGGAGUGAUUACGGAACAGGGUGCCUGGACCCCUAAAACGGAAGGAGCGCAGUCGGGGCGGGGCUCCAGCCAACGGUAGAGGCACGAAGCCCCCCGGGAGUGGGGCCAGAUUCCGCCCUCGUUACAGGAACCCGCUGACCAGAGCCCGGGCACCUGCCCUCACGGGGGGCUGGGGAGGACCCAGAUCUGGAGGCAUCUCUCGCGCUCCUCCUCCCGGCUUCUCUGCUCCGCUUCCUCCCUAGCCCCUGCCAGCGCUGACGUCAUUCGGAACGCUUGAGCCGAGCGCUGGUUUCCGCGGGAGGCGGAGAAACCCGACGGACCGGAAGAAAGCCGAAGGGUCGACGGAUCGCGCGCAGGACUCCCGGCGCCAUGGCGGCGAGGUGCAGGCAGGUCUUUCAGUGGCACAGGCUGGUCCCCUUCCCUGGUCUGUAUGGGGCCCCAUGGCUGUGUGUGCGCAGUGUACAGGAUGCUGCAGCUGGGGCUCCUUCCCAGAUGCUCGGUCGUAGAUUAACGACAGCCUCCUCGAAAGGUGAUAGUGAAGAAAGAGCCUCUCUGACUUCUAGAAACCGUAUUAAGGAGCUAGAAUCCAGCAAGAACGUUGUGACCCUCCUGGUUGAGAAGGAGCCAUCCUCCAUGGAUCAGGGUGCUGUGGAUUUGGAGAAGGUGGUUAUUUUGCUUUUGGACAUGGGAUUCAGCGAGACUCAUAUAAAGGAGCUGUUCAGGAUCCAUGCAGGCAUCAGACCUGAGCAGCUGCUGGCGGUGGUUUCAGAGCUGAUGCUGCUGGGUUUGGACCCUGAUCCUGUGUGUAAAGCCUUGCAGAAGAAUCCUAGAAUCCUGCGGUUGACAGUCAAACAGCUGAAGAGUCGGGCCAGUCACCUGAGACGUUUGGGGCUUGGAGGAGGUAUUCUUUAUGGGAUUCUCUUAUGGAACUUGCAGCAUAUGACUCAUUGCUGUCCAGACCUGUUCACCAUGACCCAGCAGCGUAUCAAUGCCCUUGUCUCCGUUCUGAAGGACAGAUGUCUUUUCACCGGGCAGCAGGUGACAGAGAUUUUGUACAGCUGCCCUAGAGUUCUUCAGGAGGACCCCGCUGCCUUGGAGUAUAAAUUCCAGUACGCAUAUUUUAGGAUGGGAAUAAAGCAGCGGGACUUGGUGAAGACCAAAUACUUCCGGUACUCAAUGACCAAGAUCAAGCAGAGGCAUGUCUUCUUAGAGCGACUGGGCCUUUACCAAACUCCUGAUAAGAAGGGACAGACCCAGAUCUGUAAUCCUUCUGUGAAUUCGGUUUUGAGAGUCCCAGAAGCAGAAUUUUUAGCCAAGGUGGCCCACUCGUCUUGGGAGGAGUUUGAAGUCUUUAAGCAGCUCUUAGCUCGGGAGGAACUGGAGGAGGGUGACAGUCUGAGCGUUUCUGAGAUGAGGACUCAGACUUGGCGGACACUGACGGUUCUGGCGAUGACGAGGACUGAAAGGCAGAAACGAGUGGAGGAUGCUGAAGGAGAGUUUGCCGCAAGCGUCAUUGGAGGAUUCUCGAGUUACUGAUGUCCUCUGAAGACUUAGGUCUAUGACCAGACAAACAGACAGACUUUGAGUAGAGGAUCCAGCUCGCUCCCCACAGCCGAGAUGCUGGAGCUGGAGGCUGGAGAGCCUUGUGAUUCCAUGUGUAAUGAAGGACUCCCUGGUUGUGACGGAUGUAAGAACGGCAGAUCAGUCCGACCUCACUUUUUGCCUUGCUCAUGUGUGAAUUGCUCAUGUAGCCUGGAGGGAGAGCUUCCUCCUUCUGAUGGGAGGCAACGAGCUGUCUUUCUUUCCAGUGGGUCUGCAGUGAAUGUGCUAAGUGGAGACAGUAAGACUGGGAAGGAGCAGGAGGGAGGCCACCCUCAGGAUGCAGCAGGUGGCCAGCUACCUCCCAGGGGUCCUAGUUCUUAACCUAAAAUGGCUGAUUCACUCAUGAUCGCGGUGCACCGUGGAAUGAGAACCAGUUGUGAAGUCUGGCUCUGCUUUUAGAUUUACUCUGAUUAUUUAUGAGCUUCUGUGGGGAUCCCAAUGAAUGAGGAGUCCCAUUGCUCUCCCGUAGCUCACUUCUCAGCCUGGGCUCUGUUACGUGUUGGGCCUUUCUGAAGCUGUGGCCUUGGUGCAACACCCACGUUGCCGUAUUUCCUCAGGAUGGAAUGUUGGCUGAGCUGAUUCAGUUUCACAUGUGUGGAAUUCCCCAGUAGAGAUCUGGUCUUCAUGGCAGAGACCCUGCCAAGGUACUGUGUACCAUAUUGGGCUCUGGGACAUAGCCUGAAAGGCAGAGGACCUGGCUUCAGAGCCUGGCUCGGCCACUUAACCUCUGUAGGCCCCAGCUUCCUUGCUGUAAAAUGAGGGGGUUAGGCUAGGUAACCUCAAGCUGUGAUCCUUUCAUUUUUAUUCAGGCUUUCGUUGCUUCAUUUAUCAAGCAAUCACAGCUCUAUGGUGAUCUAACCCUUUUUUCCCCCCAUUGGGCUGUAGAGGAAUGACUAACAAAGUAUCAUUAAACAAGAUACGUUGAAAAAUGUCAUAACUGUAAACUUGCUGAGGUUGAGUUUUAGACUUCCUUACAUGCUUUCUCCCAUUUGCACAACCAGAAAGGGGCUUCAGGAAAAUAAAUUAUAUUAAAAAAAAUUUCAAACCAACAAGA